CAGGUGGACAGGCAGAAACACAAUAGCUUAUAAAACUUGUAUUUUAUUUUUCGACAUUUUGUUGCGUAAUCGAGGCUAAGGCAACAGCAAUGGACUUGUAUUAUCGACCCGGAUCUGCGCCGUGUCGUGCGGUCAUUAUGACGGCCAAGGCAAUUGGCAUUGAGUUUGAUAAGCUGAUUAUUAUCAAUACGCGCGCUGGCGAGCAGUUCCAGCCGGAGUUCCUGCAGCUGAAUCCACAGCACACGAUACCCACGCUGCUGGACGGGGGCUUUGUGCUGUGGGAAUCGCGUGCCAUCAUGGUCUACCUGGCGGAGCAGUAUGGCCAGGCGACAGCUCUAUAUCCCCAGGACAUCGAGGCGAGGUCGUUGAUUAAUCAGCGCCUGUACUUUGACAUGGGCACGCUGUACAAGAGCUUCGCGGACUACUACUAUCCGCAGAUCUUCCAGCAGCAGGCGCCCGACGUGGCGCAGUAUGCGAAGAUCGAGGCUGCCUUUGAGCUGCUGAAUGGCUUCCUGGCGGAGCGGAGCUAUGUGGCUGGCGAGAGCUUGACUCUGGCAGACAUCUCAAUCUUGGCCAGCGUCUCGACCUUCGACGUGGCCGGCUUUGACGUGCGGCGUUAUGGCAACGUGGCCAGGUGGUACGAGCUGGCGCAGCUGAACACACCUGGCUGGGCGGCCAACUGGGCGGGUUGCCAGGAGUUUCAGAAGUACUUCCAGAAGUGA